GACCUAUGGAUAUGGUCCCCCUGCCAAAAUGAGAUAUGUAGAUAUGGCCCCCUGCCAAGAUGGGACCUAUGGAUAUGGUCCCCCUGCCAAAAUGAGACGUGAAUAUGGCCCCCUGCCAAAAUGGGACAUAUGGAUAUGAUCCCCCUGCCAAGAUGGGACAUGUGCAUAUGGCCCCCUGCCAGUUUCAUCUCCACCCACUUGCCUAAUCUGAUCCAUUUGCUAAGGCAGAUUUAAAUCAUCCAUCUGAGAUAGGGAAGCAGCUCUGUUCCAAUAGCCCUGCCUGGAAGCAGCAAGCACAGUGCUCCUAAAAUAAAGUGUCAGGGCAAACGCUAUUUGUCCAAAAGAACACAGCCAGUGUUAGGGGAAGGAAUUCAGUGCUGCACGCCCCUGCAGCAGCCGCUCCAGCAGCCUUCAGUGGACGCUGGUGUAUCUGAUGAGCCGCACAUUUCUCCAUGGCAGAAGCAGAAAAUCAGAAACAACUUCUCAGGCUGAUUCAAGAAGGCAGGCUAAACCUUUUCCUAGAGGAGUUGCAGAAAGACGAAGAAACGAGCAAGGAAGUGAGGCGGAAACACUAUGGGAAAUCUGCCGACACUGUACUUCACUAUGCAGCCAGGCACGGUCACCUGAACAUUCUGGUCCAUUUAGUAGAAGCCUUGGAAAUGGACAUUGAGAUGGUUAAUAAUGACUACAAAAGGCCCCUCCAUGAAGCAGCUUCCAUGGGUCACAGGGACUGCGUGUUGUAUCUAUUGGAUAAAGGUGCAAGGAUAGACUGCUUGAAAAAGGCAGACUGGACUCCUCUCAUGAUGGCUUGCACCAGGAAAAACGUGGAGGUGAUUAAAGAGCUCAUCCAGCGUGGCGCCAACCCGUUGUUACGGAACAAGGACGGCUGGAAUUCCUUCCACAUCGCAAGUCGAGAGGGCGACCCUCAGAUCAUCCAGUACUUGCUGACCGUGUCGCCGAGCAGCUGGAAGACAGAAAGCAAGAUAAAGAGAACGCCUCUGCACACGGCAGCAAUGCACGGCUGUUUUGACGUAGUGAAAACCCUUCUUGAGCGGUGCCAGUAUGAACCCGACAGCAGGGACAAAUGCGGAGUGACUCCCUUUAUGGAUGCGGUGCAGAAUGGGCACAUUGACAUAGCGCGGCUGCUUCUAGAAAAGCAUAAGGCCUGUUGCACAGCUGUGGACGCGGUAGGGGCCCAGCCUUUGCACCGGGCAGCAGUCACGGCCCAGGACGCAGCCAUCCGGUUCCUUGUCUGUGACCUCGGCGUCGAUGUCAAUGAGAGAGCAACGGCAACCCAGCUCACGGCACUGCAUUAUGCCGCCAAGGAAGGCCACACACGGACCAUCCAGACGCUGUUGUCCCUCGGCGCUGAUCUGCAGGCAACGGAGGGGCGGAGUCGAUCUGCCCUGCACAUGGCCUGUGCGGGCCAGCACGCGGCCUGCGUGGGGAUUCUCCUGCAGGCUGGAUUGCAGGACUCGCCAGACGACACGGGAACGUUUGCCCGGCAGCUUGCCAAGAAACCCAGCGUCCUACAGCUUUUCGAGGGGAUCAAUGUUCCUGCAUGAGCCCGCGGAGGAGAGAAUAAACGUUUGUUUUCCA